ACCACGGUUACUGAGUUUCUUAUAGUGGGAAUACUGUCUCUGAAUAAUUUCAAGAUGCCUUUCUUCUCCAUUCUUCUCCUCAUGUAUUCAAUGACUGUAUGUGAAAAUGUCUUGAUCAUUUUAUUGGUGUCCACAAGCCAACGUCUCCGUUCUCCAAUGUACUUCUUCCUUGGACAUUUGGCGCUGACAGACAUUGUACUUGUGACAAAUAUUGUUCCUAAGAUGCUGGAUGUUAUUAUAAGAGGAGGGAGCACAGUCCCUUAUGUUGGGUGUUUAGCCCAAUUUUACCUUUAUGGGGUAUCAGCCAGUGUUGAAUGUUUUUUGCUCUCGGCCAUGUCCUAUGACCGGUACUUGGCCAUCUGUAAACCUCUACAUUAUAUCUCAAUGAUGGGUGUCAAGCUUAGAUACAGCCUGAUCAUCUUAUCCUGGGUGCCCAGCUUUAUGUUAGUACUUAUAACACUAGUCUUAUUAUGUAACUUAGACUUCUGUGGGCCAAAUGUUAUUAACCAUUUCUUUUGUGAUGCUGCCCCUCUUUUAGACCUUUCUUGCUCAGACACAACUGCUGUGAGUCUUAAUGUGGGAGCCAUCACUAUUCCUAUAGUUCUGUUGCCUUUUGUGCUUAUAAUCAUAUCAUAUGUCCGUAUUUUUAUGACUAUUUUUGGAAUUUCUUCCAACUCAGGCCGACAAAAGACUUUCUCCACUUGUGCCUCUCACUUGGUGGUUGUAUCUAUCUAUUAUGGCUCCAUGCUGAUAAUAUACCUGGUCCCUUACAGAGGACACUCAUCGACUGCUAACAAGUUUAUUUCUCUUGUCUACAUUGUCCUGACCCCCCUUCUAAACCCCGUUAUAUACAGUCUAAGGAACAAAGAGAUUCAGUCUUCUGGCAUUAAAUAUCUGAAUUUGUGUUUGGAAAAGAUGGGAAAAUAA